GUGGCCUACGGGGAGCCCACCUUCCAAGGGAGCAUCCGGAAGCUUCGCGCAGACGUUGCCGACGAGCUGAAGUUCUUGACGGGACUGGGGCCACUGGCUGCAGCGGUGCAGGCUCCGGUUUUCGAGCGCUUCGGACUUCCUCGUGGCCAGCGAGGGGUGAUCCUGAUGAAGCUGGCCAUUCGGCAGAUCUCGACAUGGAACCCAGACGUCAAAAACUUGGCGGGGGAUCUGCGGGAGAUGCUGUGCUUGCCUCGCGAGGAGGAGGACAUCACUUCCACCAUCAGGAAGGCGGAGGACGGCUUGAUGGAGCUGGAGAAGCAGAUCUCCAAGGCGCCCUUGGACGUGCGUGGGCCCCUAGCGGAGGCACUGCUGUUGCCGUACAAGGCAAGCCCAUUGGAGAUCGCCAAGGCCGUGCCGCGUCUCCACAAGCGGGCUGAGGAGCUUGCGGAGCAUCACUUGGCUCGAGGUCGCGAGUCGAUUGUCGGUGAGGGGAAGCUGCUCCCUUCGGAGGAGGCUCAUGGCGCCAGCGACGAACAGCUGAAGAGCAAGCUGUUGGACCUUUUCGAGCGUUACCUGCAAAAGAUGCUCAGCCGCGUCAUCACACCUCUGGAUACCUUCACGAAGCCACCGGAAGCCUUCGGCUGUUCCUGGGCAAGGCAGCUGGUGUCGCACCGGGCGGUCACGGAGCUCUGGGGCCCACGGAUAGCCCGGCAGAUUCCUGGGGAAGACUGGUUGGGUCUGGGCGUGGGCGUUACCGUUUUGGACAACACGGUGGACAAGGACCUUGUUGCAACAGCGCACCUGGAGUUGGCGGCUUUGGAAGAGGCCGGGCAGGUGACUCCGUCCAAGGAUCCCUGCAACGUUGGGGCCCGCUCUGUGUGGCUUCACUUCGAGAGCCCAGAAGAGACGCUGCAGGCACCCCCAGCUUUGCGCUCGCUCUGCCAGCAGCUGCUUGGCCUGCCAGACGCCCUGCUCCGUGCGGCCGCUGCUUGCAGCCCCAACGAGGCCGUUGCAGCUCCCAGGCUUAGGGUGCACCCUCACAUCAUGGCAGCUAGCUACCGCCGAGGGGCAGAGUACCACUGCCACAAAGACAGUUACAGCGGUACGGACAAUCAGCGCAUGGUCACCGUCCUACUGUACUUGAAUGAUGACUGGCGACCGGGCGAUGGUGGUGAGUUGCGUGUUUAUGGCGACAGGCUGGACGAAGAAGCCGCCCAAGCGCCGGAAGGCUUGCGGAAGGAAGCCGCCAGCAUGCCUGACAUGGACAGGUUUGUCGACAUCGCACCUUUAAGCGGGCGCAUUGUCAUGUUCCGCUCCCGCGAUGUCUGGCAUGCCGUUCGUGAGCCUCGAGAGCAGCGAUGGGCAAUGACUCUUUGGGUCAUGGCAGAUUAA